CACAUUCUCACUCUUACACCUCAUCACCUCUUGAGUUCAGAUCAUUCUAUCCAGUCUGUGUUGCGCAUUCUCGGACCACAGUCUUUUCGAUCUUGGAUACCAUACAAUCCCUUACUCACCGCAUUCUAUCAAAACCCUGAUCAAGUCCAUCUUCAAGAUGAAGUUCAACGCCUUGUUCGGCCUCAUUGCCACUGUCUUCUUUUCGGCAUCCCUAGUCUUCAGUCUCGGCACUCCUGCUGACAAGGUGGUUGCUGCUCUCAUGGCUCGCGAUGUUGACGCGGACGCCAUUGUCGAGAUCAUCAACCUCCUACCACGAGAUGAGCCCGUCACUGUCACCGUCACAGCUGAUUGUGCUGCCACUACCUACCCUUUCGUCCCAACCUCGUCCGUCGGCACUGAGGUUUCUUCCUCGACUACCAUCGAAUCCUCCCUUUCCACCUCUGUGACAGUGGAGACUGGCACUGUUCCUGGCACCGCUCCAGGCACGAUCCCGGCUACUACUCCUGCUACAAGCUCCGCCGAGCCUCCUCCAACCGGUGCAUCCAGUACUGUCCCAGCUACCGCUCCUCCAGCGACCGAUUCUGUUCCAGCUACUGCGACUGUCCCCUCUACCUCGACCUCAGAGACCUUCACUACCACCACCGAGACAAUUUCCAGCACAUCUGUACACACCACUUCGACUCCUCCCGCAGCGACCACUCCUCCUGCGCCUCCAGCUGAGGGUGUUGCAGCCUCUUUCAACGCACACCCUGCUUUGGUGGGCUUGGUGGCUUUGUUGGCACUGGCAUGA